AUGCCAGGGGAGCAGCCCCUUGGGGUGCCACCCCUGCCCAUGACUGGACACCUGCAGCCCUGCUCAGCCUCCCACGACUCGGGGUGCCCCUCUCGGCCCCCCAGCGAGGACAGCGGCCAAGCCUGCAGGACAGCCAAGGGCACGAGGGAGGUGGGUAGCAAGGCCCAGACCACAGAGCCCCCACAGGCCCCACCAAGGCAGGUUGGCAAGGCGGAGCCCAGGACCUUGAGUGGCAACCCAUGGCGGCCCAGAAAGGGGGGCAGUCCCCGGGGCCCCCCCGGAAAGGCCCACACCCAGACACAAGUCCGGCCACUGGGCAGGGGGCACAGCGGCCCCCAGCAGUUAUACAGGCUGAGCAUUGCCAGCACAAAGGACAAACGAGGCCUGGACAAAAGCCCCGGGGGCCCCCCGCCUGAGGCCCUCCUCACACCCAGCCUCCUGAAGGCGGAGGUCCUGCCUCAGCCCGACGAACUCAGCUUCCAAAGGUGCUUCUCGGAGACCCCCCCCAGCUUUACCUCCACCGACUAUACCUCGCCCAGCCCCACCCCCGGGCCCCCGCCCCUGAGGGCCCCUCGGUCCCCUGGGCCCAGCCCCAGCAGGCCCACCCCCUACUCAGAGUUCCUGGUUGGCGGGGCCGACUCUUGGCCUCCUCCUGCAGAGAACAGGUUCCCUGCUGCUAGUUUUGGGGUCCCCCUCACUGACCCUGAGCCUUCUCCCAAAGGCAGUGGGCCCAGCCCCAGCCCCAGGGCAGCCUCCUUCCAGUCGCCCUUCCUGGCGCUGCGAGGAGAGGGCUCGAAGCCCUUCCCCGUGGACACGGGCCGGCAGCCCCGCACUGACGAUGGGCCCGUGGGGUUCGCCUUCCACCCAACUCCAGGUGCAUGGCCAGAGGGGUCGCUGGGCACCAGCCCGACCUACCCGCUGCCUGCCCAGCAGCUGCCCCAACUGCUGCCCUGCUACCCGGGCCCGGCCAGCAGCCUCGAUACACCCCACAGCUUCAAUGGGGCUCUUCCCAGUCCUGGUGCUGCCCCCCAUACCCCUAGCCCCUUUCUGGCCAGUCUGCACAAGAGCCUGACCCCAGCCCUGCCCGAAAGGCCGCCAUCAGCACACGACAGUGCGGUGAGUCCGAGGAGGGCCCCCAACCCUCUGCCGCCAGGGCACUUCUUGGGCAAAGCCUAUAAUGGCCCCAGAGCCAGCAGCGUGGCCACCAGCCCAGGGCCUCUGGACAAGGAGCUCGUCACCCCUGGGCGCACGCCCACCCCACGGCCCCAGCUGUGGGAGGGGACUGGCGAGGCCCUCCCUCUCAUUGAGCCUGCCGCAGCCCCCUUCCCGGCUGCGCCCCCAGUGAAGGCCGUGUUCUUUAAAGACCAGAGGCUCUGUCUCCAGCACAGCCCGCCCCUGCCCUGGUCCCAGGUGCUCCCAGCUGCUGGGCCCGGCCCCACCCCGAUGGAGCUACUGAGCCAGCUGCCGUACCCCACCGGAGCCCCAGAGUGGCCGGCCAGCAGCCAGGAGCCAAGGAAGGGCCCAGGCACGCCCACCAGCAGCCCCCCCGGGCUGUUUCCUUACAGUGGCCGGCAGGACACCAGUGCCCAGCCACUGUUCUUUGGGGUGACCCCACCCCAGGCCUCACCCCAUGGGACCCCUGGCCUGCCCCCGCCGAGAGGGGUGGGCGCCUCCCCAAGUGAGUCCCCGCUGCCCUCGCCCGCCACUACUGUGGCCGGCAGCAGCUCCUGUUCAUCCCUGUCCCCGCUGUCCGGCAGCCCGGCCAACCCCAGCUCAGAGGAGAGCCAGCUGCCAGGGCCACCUGGGCGCUCGACCUUCUUCCACCACCCCACCCACCCCCAGGAAACCAGCAGCCCCUUCCCGCUCCCUGAGCCCCUGCCCACCCACCCCGUCCACUACCAGUCGGAGCCGCCCAAGGCCUUCCCAUUUCCCACGGAGGCGCUGGGGCCUGACGCGGCCUUCGAGUGCCUGCAGGAGGCUCCAUUUGCCGGCCCGGGCCCUGGCACAGGCAGCACGGCGCUGGGGGCUUUCCCCCGGGAGCCACCUCCCUACUCGGCUCACCACUUCCCGCUAAGCAGUGCCAGCCUGGACCAACUGGAUGUGCUGCUGACCUGCCGGCAGUGUGACCAGAACUAUAGCAACCUAGUCUCCUUCCUGCAGCACCGGCAGUUCUGCAGCCUACUCCCCAGGGCCCCCGAGGGCCCCCCACAGCCCUCCGUCCCCACGCCCCCAGGGCCGGCCCCGCUCAGGGCUCUGGCCGACGUGCCCCCCCCAAGCCUGCUGGGCCACGCCAAAAUGGCCGGCUUCCUGCUGGACGGAGAUGCCUCCCACAGCCUCGCUGCCCCCUUGCCACUCCCGGCCUCGGACCUGGACCUGGAUGACGUGGCCAAGCUGGACAGCCUCAUCACCGAGGCGCUCAACGGCCUGGAGGACCCGUCAGACACCCCUGAGAUUGACAGCAGCUUCAUUGACGUGUUUGUCGACGAGGACCCUGUGGGGCCUAGAGUCCCUGCCGCUGGGCAGCCCCCCAAGACCAGGCCAGGGGCAACUCCGGACCUCAGAGCCCAGCCCCUGCUCCCAGCCACGGCAUCCACGCCAGAGCCCGGUGGCCCUUGCCCAGGGACCAGGGGUUGCAGUGGGCCUGAAACCGCCUCCCAGAGCCUUGCACCUCCAGAGGCUGAUGGAAGCGGCCUGGCUGGGCCGCCCAGGAGGGGCAGCAAGCAGCUCCAGUUGUUUCGAGAAGGGCUGGGUACGCCCCAGGGGCCCGGCGGGGGCUCCAGAACCAUCUGCCUGAGGCCCAGGAAGAAAGACGGCGGAGCCGAGGCGCCCCGACCCCCAGCACGGGACCUCCGGCCCCAGGCCCCGAGCCCCGGCCCCCUGCCCGUACAGACCCGGAGCUCCGGGCGCCUGCAGCCAGCCCGCAGCAAGCACAGCCGGAGGAGGGCGGCCCAGGGCGGCCAGUGGAGCAAGGAGCUUCUCCACAAGGUGCUGCAGCAGAACGGCAGCCUCCGCCAGUUCGACUACACCUCUGAGUCCGAGGAGGACGAUGGCCCGGGGGUUCCACGGCCGGCAGCCGGCGCCAGAGGCCGGCCCCAGGGGUGGCACCGAGGAGAGAAGAGGAAGGACGCUGGGGGGACCCCUAGCCCCAAAGACGAGCAGGACCAGCAGACACCCAAGAGGCUUGUGAGGCAGAGGGCUAGGGUAGACAGGAACCCCCAGGCCCCAGGGUCGCUGGGCGCGGCUACACCAAGCCCUCUGCAAAGCCCUGGGCUCAGAGAGUCCCAUGGGGAGAAAGAACCCAAGGGGCCCAGCAGAGAGACCCCCGAGGAAAACCCCCCACCACUGGGCUGCUCCCAGGAGACCAAGCACACUGAGCUUGCUGGAGAGAACCCCCCUGGCACUUCCCAGCUUCUCCGAGAGGUUUGCAGCCUGUCUCCGGGCAACAGUGUGGUAAGGGGCAGCAGCCCAACAGCCCCACAGCAGCCCCAGCCUGGCCCAGAAGACACAGGCCUGCCCCAGCUACCAGGAAACCUCACCAGGCUGGGGCCGAGGGGCCGCAUCCCACCAGCAGGGGCAGACAGCCAGCCCCCUAGGUGCCUGCCAGAACUGCCUGUGCCCACCACCAGUGCCACGGACAAUGCCCACUCUACACCCAGCACCCAGCCUUUGAAGAGCCACGGCCUGGACUGGGGGCUUCCUCAUGAAGGGGUCCCUGUUGCUACAAAAGGGCCCCCGCCUGACAGAAGCUCCCCCAGCGACCUACUCCUUGGGCCCAAAGAGCUGACCAGCCCCUGCGGCAAGCCCUUAGCUCCAGAUGGGCCAGUUGGCAGCACAUACCUUCGCCAGGACAGUCUGGGCGCUGAUCCCCUAGUGCCAAAGUCUCCCAGGAACACACCGUAUCCCACUGAGACAGAUCCCAGAGACGUGCAGUCCCCACUGACCUUGGAGUCCACCUCGCUCUUCAGUAGGCUGCCCGUGGAUGGCUUCGACCCCCCACUCUAUGACAGCCUGCUGGCCAACAAACAGGAACACCCACUGCUCACCUGUGCCGACCAGCCCCCGCAGAGGCCCCUGCUGGACACGCCACACCCUGCCUGUGUGCCCGAGAAGGACUGGCCACUGCCGGAGGAAGUGGCCCCUGGGCUGCCCAGCCCCGUGGGCUGCUUCCCUGACCUUCCAGGGGAAAGCUGUCCUGGUGAGGGGCAGGUGGCACCCAGGACGCCCCCUGCACAAGGAAAGAGUCAGGAGGGCAUGACCACCUCUGUCAGCACCUUGUCCGAGGAGGAGCUGGAGAUCAAGUGGCUGGUCACCGAGCUGGAGAGCCAGCUGCAGACAAGCACCGUCAAGCACCAGGCCCCUGUGCUGCUGGACAUGGAGCCCACGGGUGGCAACCCAGGGAGGGCGGCACACCAGCCCCCCAUGCCGCCCACCGGCCCAGCCACCAUGGCCCAGCAGGACACGUUCCUGGCAGACGGCCUUGCUGGUCCUGGGAAAUCCAGUCCAGGUCAGGAUGGCUUGGAGGCAGCAAUGGCUCCCGUAGAAAGGGCCCUAGGGAGCCCCCAGGGGUGCUGGCCCUGCCCAGCCCCCGGCCCCCCUGGGGUGGUGGCCCUGCAUCCUGGUGGCCAAGAAGACACGGGAUCUGUAGCUGCUGUCGGCCCCGCUAGGGCCAGCUGUGCUGCUCAGUCGCGCCCCCAGGACCAGAGAAUGGAGCCCACCCAGGCAGAGAAAGACAGCGGCAUCCAGCUGGGCGGCAAGGUGCCUGGCCCCCCCCAGACGGUCUGGUCCUCCCGGGAUGCCAGGAGCAUCACAGAACGCAGUCCAGACCAAGAGCCCUGGUCUCCUGGAAGUAGUCGGACCACCAGAACACACCCCAGUGGGGGGGCCCUGCUGCCACAGCCCCCAAAGUGGGGAGGGGACCUGUCCCCAGAGCCCCCUGAAGCAGGGGAGCCUUGCCAGGAUGCUCUCAAGUCAGGGACGUGCAGAAGCCCUGUCGCCCACUCAGCACCUGCUGUGACAGGUCAGGGUGCUGGGGGUGUCACUCUGGGGGCCAUGGCCCUCUCUGGUACCGGACACCGCAGUGGCCCCCAGGAACGCCCAGCGGGGAACAAGGAAUGUGAGCCAACGGAGGUGCAUUCGGGUCCAGGGCCACGCUCUACCCCUGUGUCUGACGCUGGUUCCGGGAGCGGGUCCCAGGCCUCGGCUGCCAGCCCCUUAUGUCAGCUCCAGCGCCUGGCGGCCAGAGCUGCGAAGAGUAAAGAUGGGGCCCAGUGCGAUCAGCACAGGGAGCCCUCGGGUCCCAAAGGGGACUGUGUGGGCAGCGAGAGUGUGGCCCUCAGCCAAGCCCAGAGCUCUGAGAGAACUGUGCAAGGGACAGCUGGCCCUGCAGUAGCCAGACGUCCGCCAGGGCCAGAGGCAGAUGGACACCUGGGCUCACUCGGCCAGGCCAAGUUUCAUGUCCCAGAGCCCAAAGGCCAAGGCCAAGCCAGCCAGCUGCAGCCAGAGGGGCAGAGUCCCCCAGAGAAGCUAAGUGAGUUCACCAUGGCCAAGGCCAAGCCUGGAGCCACCCUGACCAGGCACGUUGAGGGGGUGGGUAGGCUCAGACAGCUCGAGGGAGGCGGGGCAGCCUGGCACCCUCCGUGGAAGGCAGGGGAGCCCCUGAGUCCCAUCGCCUCUGACAGGGAGGCCUCGGUCCUGGCCCCGACAGCCACCCAUGCCCAGAGCAGACGUGAGGGCUGCCCUGUGGUGAGGGUGGACGGCUCAGGCCAUGGGGAGCAGCUGCUGUUUGCUGGGGGCAGCCCAGUGUGCCCCGUUGGGGACCCAACCCACUGCAACCCCACACCUGCUUCUGCAGCAGCCCUGGGCCCCUGUGGCCCUGAGCGCCUGACCCAGGAGGAGCCGCUGUCUGUGCCUCCAAGUGCCACGGAGGCCCGAGGAGAGUCGGGCGGGCUGCACCCAGCACCUCCAUCCUGUGAGGACCCACCCUACCCACAGUCUGUGCCAGCCCAGGCACCCACCGAUGCCAGGGCUGAGCAGUACCUGGCCACGACCCCACCAGGCAGGACAGGCCUCUGGGCCCCCGAGGGAGGCCUGGCAGACAGCAGCCCCCUAAUGGACGCCCUCGAAGGGGCCCACCGUGGCUCAGACUUCACCCCUGCCCAUGGGGGACACUCCCCUGACAGCAGCACUCCCAGAGCACUAGAAGAUUCCGGGGAAGAACAGCCGGCGGGGGGCCCUGCCCCUGAGGCCCCUUCUCCCCCCGCAGGAACCAUCUCCCCCGGAGGGACCAACAGGGCCCCUGGCCAUCCCAGCCUUCCCCCACCAUGUGUUUUGGAGGCGGCCAGAGGGCUCUGGACACUGGACCGCAGGGUUACAUCCCCAGAGCCCCACUGUCCCUCCUCAGGCCCCGAGGAAGGCCAGUGUGUCAUGGCCAAACCCACAGAUGCAUGUCCUGUGGAAGCCACAGGGCAGGAUUCCCAUACGUGCCUGGAGAGUGGGGUGGAGGCUGACGGCGAGGGCUGCUGGGAAGACCCCCGGAUCCCUGGCACUGGACACUGUGGCUCCCCUUGGAAUCACAGACACAACCCCCGCCAGGCACCUGGGGGAGACCUUCUGUGUCCCCAAGAACCCAAGCAGAAGCCCCGGUCCUUGGAGCAUGGCCAGAGGACGGCCAGGUCCAGCCCAGGGGCGCCCCCUGUCACCUGCGAGAUCUGCCACGCUUCCUUCCGCUCCCGGCCUGGCCUGAGCCGACACAAGGCCAGGAAGCAUCGCAGUGGCCGCUCCCCAGCCUGUGGGGCCGUGCUCCCCAGCCGGGGGACCCCAGAACCCACAGCCAGCACACCUCAGACCUCCGGAGUGAAAGGCCCCAAGGCUGCAAGCAAAGAAAAACCAGGGAGCAGGCUCCAGGGGCCCAGCCUCACUGUGCGGCCACCCCCUGGCCCGGGCUCCGCUGAGGACAGGCCAGGAAGGGAGAUGCCCACGGAGGCCGGGCAGGGGCUCAGGGCUGUCGAAGCACCAGGCCCAUCACCCCACCCUGAGCCACAGACCCCAGGCCCGUUCAGCCAGGGGACAGACAUGGCGCCUCGGGCCCACAGACCCAGGAAGACCAGCAAGCUGCAGAAGGGUGCGCCCCAUCCCAAACUCACGGCGCCCAGAGGCGCCCAGAGACAAGGCAGAGAGCUAGGGGGCUUCCCCAGGGACUCGGGGAUGAAGUCCAGCCCCAGAGGGAGGAAGGUGAGUGUGGGGAGGUUCCAGAAGAAGAGCGAGGCUUCUGACGCUGAGGAGAGCCGUCCUCCGGUCACUCCUGACCACCUUCCAGAUAGAGCCGCCUUGAAUCCAUCCAGUGCAGUUGCCAGUUACCCGGCCAGGCCGAGCUGCUGCCUCUCACUAGAGGGGGAAUGGGAAACAGAUGGCGGGCAGCCGCCACGCACCACCUCACCGGAGCCAGGCGUGAUGGGGGACACGGAUGGAGUGGGUCCAGGGGCGGCGGCUGAUGAAGCGACACGAGCCCGGAGCCCAUGGGGAGACCUGAUGACCGCCCCUCGCCAGGCAGGGCAGGAUGCAGCAAGUGGGCUUUGGGGACCCAGAGAGCCGAGGACAGGUGGCACAAAGCCAGCACAGGCAUCCAGGGGCGGGGCUGCUGGUGACAGCAGUGGGGCCAAGAGCAGCACGGGGGAAGGUGUGAUGGGGGCACACGAGCCCCCCAGUGUUGAAACGAGCAGCCCCCCCGGCUGCGACCCCCAGGGCUUCUUGGGCCACCCAGAGGCUGGAGACCACGACACGGAGCUCCAGGCUCAGGUGUCCGGAGCCUGCAGCCCAGGUCUCAGGGGACCCCUGGGCCCGUUCAGUGACACCGCCUCAUUUUCUCAGCUCUUUCCUCUGGGCAACCCCUUGACUCGUAAGAAGAACCCCCGAGUCUAUGGGCAGCGCCGUAAGAACCCAAAGCUACCGCUGCCCCCAGAGCCAUGCAGCGAGGUUGAGGGGCCCACCACGCCAUGCUCCACCCGCCUGCCCACAGACCCGAGUGACUACGGCUCCCCAUGCCUGUCCCACGAGGAGCCCUGGGCGGACGAGGCCUUCCUCGUCAACGGCUUCUUCAGCAGCAAGGUGCCUGGGAUAAAGCCUUGGGCCCCCAGCUCCAGCCUGUGGGCCCUGGGGCAGCCCGAGAAGGGGUCCACCCCUGCCAAAGAGGCACCCUCUGGCCCACGCCCAGAUGACCUGUCGGAGGGCCUCCCUGAGCUGCACAGGGUUCCGGCCGCCUGGCGAGGCCUGCACCUGCGGGCUUCGCCCAGUGAGACCUCCACCUCUUUGGGGGAGAUGAGCCCUGAGCCCCCCAGCCUGGAGCGAGAAGACGCUGACAGCGGGCCCCCCGGCAGUGCAGGCCUGCCGCCAUUCCCAGCCCUGGAUUUCGGAGUGCUCAGUACAAGGUUUGAGGUGCAAGACCUGUCCCUUCUGGGGCCCUGUGAGGACCCCGGGGGACUCCCUGGGACCAGCCUUCUAGACCUUCAGGCUGAGGUGAGCACGCAGGGCCCACAGGGCCCAAGGCCGGAGGCAGCAGGGGGGAGCCCUGGCCAAGACCACCAGGCCAGAGCCAAGAAGGGCCCCUAUAAGUGCCGCGUAUGUUUCCGGCGCUUCCGAGGCCUGGGGGAGCUGGGCCUCCAUAAGCUGGCCCACAGCCCCGCGCCGCCGCCCACCUGCUACAUGUGCGUGGAGCGCAGGUUCGGCUCUCGCCAGCUGCUGCGUGACCACCUGCAGGAGAAGCAUGUGCAGAGCAAGGCGGGGCUGUGGGCCUGCGGCAUGUGCCUGCGCCAGGUGCCGGACGUCUGGAUGUACAACGAGCACCUUCGGGAGCACGCCGUGCGCUUCGCCCGCCGGGGCCAGGCGCGGACGUCUCUGGGGGACCUGUCCCGCUGUUUGGAGGAGGGCAGCACCAUUCCACGCUUUCUCGGCAGCGUCGUGGGGCAGGCUUCCCAGCCCCACGGGGGCCAGCGUGCCAACUCCAAGGCCAGCGCAGACCGCACAGAGGCCCGGAGAGGGAUGACGGCGAAAUCCAGGGCUCCCAGGGCCAGCCCUUCAGACAAAGAUGGCACCUUGGUGCCAAGCAGUGGCUUGGUCGGCACCAAGGACUUGGGCGAGGACAGUCCACCCAGCCUGGUUCCAUCCAGCUGCACCAAGGCGCCGCCCAGCCUGUCCCCCAAGCCCUGGUCCCUGAGCGAGCCCCUCCUCAGAGCCGUGCCGGUGCACGCAGACUGCAAGGAUCCCUCGCGCCACUGCCACCACUGCGGGAAGCAGUUCCCCAAGCCCUUCAAGCUGCAGCGCCACCUGGCGGUGCACAGCGCGCAGCGCGUCUUCCUGUGCCCCCAGUGCCCGCGCGUCUACGCGGAGCACCGCGAGCUGCGCGCCCACCGCGGCCGCGAGCACGGGGCGCGCGGGGAGCCCGAGCGGCCGCCCACGCCGCUCUACGCUUGCGAGCUGUGCGCCACGGUCAUGCGCGUCAUCAAGCGCUCCUUCGUCUGCAGCGCCUGCAACUACACCUUCGCCAAGAAGGAUCAGUUCGACCGCCACGUGGACAAGCACCGGAGGCCCGGCCGGCAGCCCUUCGCUUUCCGCCCCGUGAGGAGGCCAGGGGCCCCAGGGCAGAAGACUCCAGGCCUCGAGGGCUCCACGCCCAGCAAGCGGCGCCGCGUGGCAGUGCCUGGCAGUGCCCUGGGCCCCGGCGUGGACAGCCCCCACUCCCCGGGCAGCAGCCCCACCCCAGGCGCCGUCUCCCUGCCAGCCCUGCUUCCACCCUGCCCAGAACCGGCUUCCACCUCUGCCCAGGAGAAGCCCCAGACCCAGGAGGGGCCCUUGGAGCCAGAAGGUCGCCCAGUGGGAGUGGGUGACCCACCGCCUGACCGCCAGGAGCUGCUACCCCCGUUCCUGUCUCCUUUCCCGGCGCCCCCAGCUGGCAGCAAAGGUGGAGAAGAGGAUGGAACCCGCCCUGGCAGCCCCUUGCCCCUCUGCCCGACCGCUGUUCCUCCGGGGCUGCCCCUGGGCCCGCUGGGUGCAGGAAGCCAAGUCGCAGAGGAAAAUUUGGCGCCUCCUGCGUCCUCCAGGAAGCGCAGGACCCCAGCCGCCCCCCGCAAGUGUGCCCUUGACCCCUCCCUGGCCCAGAGAGAGAGGCAGGUGCCCAGGAGCCACAUGCUGCCCAAGGGGGGUUCGGGGGGCGCUUCCCCCAAAGGGGAUGCCAGCAAGGCUGGGGGCACCCGGGGUUCGUUGGAAGCCAGGCCAGCGAUGUCUGCCCCAAGCAAAGUGCCCGUGUUUCCCACGCUGCCCAGGAGGGCCGUCCUGAGCCCUGCUUCUGCAGAGCCGCCCCAGGAGGCUGAGGACAGGCCUGGGCCCACCUCCCCCAAAGCCAAGCCAGACCCCAGCUCCCAGGGCGCUGGAGACGCCCAGCACAGCGCUGCAGCAGGGGGUGGCAGCCAGCCCCAGCCGGCCAGUGGGCUGCUUCAGAGUGAGACAGCCACCACCCCUGCCAAGACCCCCUGCCUGGGGCAGAGCCCCCCACCAGCCAGGCCCCCUCCCCAAGCCACAGCCAGAGGCCACAGCCAGGGGCCCAGGGGAGCCAGGGAGCAGGGGUCCCGAGAGAGUGUGGGGGGCUGUGGGGGGAAGCGCAGGGGCCGUGCCCCAGGCCCCACUGGCGGUGAAAGCACGGGGGUUCCAGGGAGAUCCUCUGCGGCGCCUGACAAGUCCCCCCGGAAUCCCCGGAAGCAGGCAGUCCCAAGGCACGUGCCCCCCACCAAGCCCCGAGCGAACAGCCAGACUCCCCAGCCACCGCUGCAGCCCCUGGAGCGCCAGAGGGAACCUCCGGGCCAGGGCCUCGGUGGCUUCCGGCACAGGAGGGAGGGGCUGGGCAUGGCUGUCCCUAAGAGGAGGCUCCCUCAUGGGCCCCCCAGGAGAGGCAGUGCUGUCUCCCCCUGCCCCUGCCCCCUGCGCACUGCUGAGUCCCAGAGCCACCUCCUCAGCCAGCUUUUUGGUCAGAGAGUGACCAGCUUCAAGAUCCCGCUCAAGAGAGACCCCACCGAGUAG